AUGACAAUGGAACAUAUCAAGGCAUGCUAUGAAUUUGCUAUGGUACACCAGCACUGGACAAUUGAUGAAUGGAAGAGGGUCCAGUGGUCAGAUGAGACCAAGAUCAGCAUAUUUGGGUCAGAUGGGCACCACUAUGCCUAUAAAAGGGUUGGCCAGGCACCUCAGCCCCACCAGAUCAUCAAAACCCACAAUCAUGGAGGAGGCCAUAUCAUGAUUUGGGCAUGCAUGGGGUUGGAAGGUACUGGUUUUAUGUGCAAGAUAGAUGGGUCUCUCACCAAGGAACUCUAUGUGGAGAUCCUGGAAGAUGAACUCAAGCAAACUCUGGAGUACUAUGGGUUAGACAUGGAGAAGGUCAUAUUUAUGCAAGACAAUGCAAGCUCCCACAAGGCCCAUAUUUUACAAGACUGGUUCCAAGGGAGUGGCUUAGAGGUCUUUGAGUGGCCUGCUAACUCCCCAGACCUCAAUCCAAUUGAAAACCUUUGGGAUCAAAUCAAGAGGGAGCUUUAUAGCUAUGAAACCCCUGCAAGUGGGAUGUUGGAAUUAUGGGAGAGGGUGCAGGAGAUUUGGGACAAAGUUAGUGCUCAGAAGUGCCAGGAUUUGAUAGAGAGUAUGCCUAGGAGGACUCAGGCUUGGAUCAAAGCCAAAGGUGGCCCAACCAAGUAUUGA